AUGUGUCUACCCAUGAGUCGAUCCGCCAAACAGGAACCAAUAACAAGGCGUUUCCGAAAGCACAAGGUGGAAAUCCUAUGGAAUAACUUCAAACAAGCCUCAUCCAUGAAAGGCUUCCAACUCCGAUCAUUCUCCAGUAACGUCCGGGCUAUGGGUCCGAUGCUGUGGACGUAUCGCAACGUGAGUGUGGAUCCUCCUCACGAACCACCACCGGAAGUCUUAUCACGCAAGGCUAUGUCUGGCUUCUUGUCUCUCGCCUUCGAGAUCGCCUGCAUCCUCAUCUGGCCAAGAGAUUGGUUGAGCUCAAAUAUUGCCUCUCGCUUGAAACUAUGGGGCUUGUAA